AACCGUUGUCAGGGGUAAAAUGGUUUUACACCGUGAAAGAUAAAGCAAGAGUCUCUUUACCUAUUCAUAAGGUUUUAUUUUACAUGGGAGGGGGAAGUGUGUGCUACAAGACGAGGCAUGUAGAUGACAAUUGUGUGUGUGACGUUGCUGCUGAUGAAUCUGGUUUGGCAGGAUUUCUGAACCUGAGGGAGGAGACAAGAAGAAGCUGGAAGAGCAAAGAACUACACGCUGAAAGUUGAAGAAUGAAAAUGUCUUUAUUUUUCUUCUAACUUAGAGAGAACUAUCACUACCGGAGCCAGGUUUCUUCAAAAGGGUGUGUAGGCUGAUACACCGGCUGGCAAGGCAGCUGAAGGGAUGAAUUGGUCGGGUUUGGAGAACAUCCUCAGUGGGGUGAAUAAAUACUCCACAGCCUUCGGGAGGAUAUGGCUGUCUAUGGUAUUCGUGUUCAGGGUGAUGGUGUUCGUGGUGGCGGCUCAGAGGGUGUGGGGGGACGAGAGCAGAGAUUUCGUCUGCAACACAAGACAGCCGGGAUGCACCAACGUGUGCUAUGACCACAUCUUCCCCAUCUCCCACAUCCGCCUGUGGGCCCUGCAGCUAAUCUUCGUCACGUGCCCAUCGCUCAUGGUCAUCGCUCACGUCAAGUUCAGAGAAGGAAAAGAUAUGAAGUAUGUGGCUGAGCAUCAGGGAUCACACCUUUACGCCAACCCAGGGAAGAAGAGAGGAGGGCUGUGGUGGACCUAUCUGCUCAGCCUCAUCUUCAAGGCUGGAUUUGACAUGUCCUUUCUCUACAUCCUCUAUAGGAUGUACCACGGAUAUGACCUACCCAGACUAUCCAAAUGUGCCCUGGACCCGUGCCCAAACACCGUAGAUUGCUUCAUCAGCCGGCCCACGGAGAAGAAGAUCUUUAUGUUGUUCAUGGUUGUGUCCAGUGCUGUGUGUAUCUUCAUGUGCAUCUGCGAGAUGUUUUAUUUGAUCGGGAAACGCAUCAGCAAACGCCUCAAGAGCUUCCAUGAUAACCAGAGGAGAAUGUUCGCAGAGCAACACGAGCUGACCACCCUUGCCCCUCCACGGUCCCAGUACAGAAAGACUGACCCCACACUGACAGACAGCCAGCUGAGCCUAAACAGGAAGGAGAAGAUCAGGGAAGGGUGCACCACCACAACACUAUAGGACUUGAGAGCUCAUAGAGUCUAAAAUGCUGGAUCUUGUGUUGAACAAGAUGAAACAAUUUGCCCACAAGAGUUUUCUAUGGAAAAUACAAUUGCUGGGAACCGUAUCUUUAUCUCAAUUCUUGCUGACUCCAUUUUGAAAUCAGGGAUUGCGCUUUUAUCUCAGUGGAAGAUACAUGGUGUUUACCAGUGUAUCUUGAAAUGUUUUUUUAUAUUGUGUUUAUAUUGUACAGAACUUUCUUUGUUACUCAGAUGGAAAUAGAUAAGAUGGAAAUAUAAUAGUUUUAAACAAACAGGGCAAAGCCACAAGAAGACAUGUGAUACAUGUCUGUUUGUACCAUGAAAUAGUUGUAUUACAUUGCAGAAAUAAAUGUAUCCUAAAAGAAGGCUGUGUAAUCUGGAUUUAACAGAGAAGGUUGUGACUGAUUUGGGGUGAUUCUUAAUAUCCAGCAAUCUUCUUCUUAGAGUCACAAGGAGAUUCUAAUAUGCUCAAAAAAUUCUGCUCAAAUAAAUUGUAGUACAUGAGAAAUAAGAUGUUCACAAAGUUCAUUCACAUAUUUAUACAUAUUUAUUUUCUAUACAUGCCAACUCACAGUGUGUGAGUGUUUGAGGGAAAACAUUUUAUUUAAUAACGCACUGGUAAAAUACGUGCUCAGAUUUGUUUGUUUUGUCAAACCAGUUAAGCAAUUCCUAAGAAUGUACUUGUAUGGUUUGUGUUUGGCCACAAGGUGGCGCUGGUUGCCUAUGAAUUUUGUGAGCAAACGUCACUGGGAAUUUAUGAAAUUUCCAAUAUUUUGCAAAGAAUUACACAAUGGAAUAAAUCGCACAAUUCCAAGUAUGAACAUGUCCAUUAUAUGCUAUUAGUAUUAAUAGCCUAUAUGUCUGCAAUAAUUUUACAAUUAAUUUAACACAUUUUACUUGGUCUGUGAGCCUAUGUAUACAGUAAAGUUCAUCAUUACAAAUGUAGGAUGCAGUUUAAAUAUACGGAUUCUGUCAUUUUCCCAUGAAUUCUUUUUUAUUUGUGUAACAAAUUGUUUACACCACCAGAUGGCGCCAAACAUCAUGAAAUUAUCAGAGUUCAAAAAAAUUCUCUUAUUUUAUCGCUUAUGUUUGUCAAAGAAUCAGCCACAUGACGUAGUUUUAAUAAAGCAUUAUUGUGUUAAAUACUUCACAAA